AUGGCUCUGACCUUUUAUUCUGGUCCACGCAUACAGUGACACGGCGUGCUGUGCCUGCCCUUACAACAAGUGUGAGCUCCCAUAAUUAAACGAGCCUCACUGGAUCCUGUCUAUUCCUCAAAUGGGCUGUUGAUAACCGGGUAUCGCUCCGAUCUACUCAAGAAAACUGUGUGAAGCUGCGGACAUAUUUUGGUAAUCAUGGUCAACACGAUUCAAGCAUGUGUAACGACCAUACUGACCAUCCUGGUGGUUUCUGCGGCAGCGACCGACCCGCCCGCCACGUCUAUACCAACAUAUACAGUCACAACAAUACUGCAUGAGCCGUAUACGAUGUUGAACCCCAAGUCCACAGACAGCUCUACUAAAUACAUUGGUAUUGUUAAGGAUAUCCUCGACAGAAUCAGCCAUAUACUCAACGUAAACUUCAAAUUCGUCCAUGUUGGUGACAACGCAUUCGGUCGACAAAUCAACGACUCUGGAAACUGGACUGGCAUGAUCGGCGAGCUUCUUCGUAAAGAAGCUGAUAUAGCGGCGUCUGCAUUGACAGUAUCUGCUGAACGCGCCAAGAAGGUCCAUUUCUCACAGAUGUUCACCGACACUGGAUUGAGCAUCCUAUUAAAGAAACCACAGAAACACGCCCAAUCACAUAACUCCGCCUCUCUCCCAUUCUGUCCAUUCACGGUUGGAAUAUGGGCGUCAAUCAUCGUUGCAUACAUCAUUGUGUCACUGGUGCUGUACGUAAUUAGCAGGAUGAAUCCAGAGGAGCGAGCGGCUGAUCGAGGAGAAGAUCACAUUACAAUAUGUACCGCCUUCUUCGUGACGCUCAGCAUGCUCUCCCUGCAGGGAUUCCGUUUGACGCCUACGUCUCUGGCUGGACGGACGUUGGUCUGCUUCUGGUGGAUGUUUGCGCUUGUUACAGUCGUCAUGUAUACUUCCAGCCUCACAUCCAUGUUGUUUCUGAAGUUUCCUGACGUCGAGGACCCCCUUCCUUUCUACACAUUUGAGCAAAUGACCAAACAGACUAAGAUAGAGUACGGUACCCUGAUGUCUGGUUCCACGAGACACUACUUUAAAACGUUCCCCGGGGCAACCGAAAAAGUUAUAAACCAAUACUGGAACAACCGCCAUGACCUUUUGGUGUCGUCAAUAGAAGAAGGAGUAGCCCGGGUUAGGAACAGUAAUGGAGACUACGCUUUUGUCAUGGAGAGUGAGAUGUCGUAUUACCUAGUGGCCCAGACUUGUGACUUGGCUGUGACAGCCGGAGGCGAAAAUAGGGCGGAACGGUCGUACGCUUUCGCCUGCCGUCCAGAUAUUGAUAUUUGUCGUCAAUUAGACCAUGCCAUUAUCCAGAUGAAAGAAAACGGUGAACUCCGUCCGAUCAUGGAUAAGUGGAUAAGUGGACCAUGCGGGCGUUAUGUCGAUUUAUCGUCGCCUUUACAUUAUGUCCCGCCGACGAUGGACGCUUACAUGGACGUGAAACACAUGGAUAUGACGCGCUUCACUGUUCCACUGGUUGCCAUGGCCUUCGGGGUCAUCCUUAGCGCCCUGUUAGCGGUAGUAGAGAUAUACCGAUCCAAGGCCAGGGGGAUAAGCCGGGGUUCACGUGUUCCUAUGCCUGAAGAUAAGCGAGGUUUCAGUGACAGUCUCGACAUUGAUAUGUAACGGUCAACAGCUUCCAAAAUCGGAACUAUUGGAGUGGACAAUUAGUUGAGAGCAAUAUGUUAAUGGACGUCGAUACAAUGUGGACAGCAGCAUUUCAUGCUUUGAUUAAGGAUCAUUAUGUAACAGUCAUGGACAAAAGUGGAGAGUACAUUCAGUGACGUGCCAUAAGUCUUUCUAGCAACGUCAUUUUGUCAUUGGAUUCUAUUUCAAGUUUCUUUUUCUAAAAUUAAUUUACUUGUCUUCUUUAACGAAAUCUGGCACAGUGCUACAUGAUUAUCUAGUGCUUCCGUCGGUAACAUUAAACAAACUUAUUUAAUUCAUAAAUGUCUAACUAUGAUUGAUAAAUUGGUCAAAACAUUUUUAAAAUAUAGCAUUGUGUCUAUGGGAUUGGCGUCAAUGUAAAACUUAUGCUGGAAGGGAAAGAGAUAGCUCAGUAGCAUGGAUAACAGUAUAAGUAGCUGUAACAGGAUAUGAAGGUUAUUUUCAAAACUGUAUGUCAAAGAAACUCACGAUUUUAUAAUAAAAGUAAAUCAACAUUUACCCCCAUGGGAAAAUUACCUGAUGUGAAAGGCUUACGGCACGUCACUGCAUUUAUCACAUACCUAUGUAAUCUUACAAUAGUAAUACAACAAUUUUCUGUUUAUGUGUUCUGUCGGUUUGUAUCACACAUGUGUGAUACAAGAUGUUGUAUCACCAUACUAGCCGGAACUACUUUUUAUGGGAAUUCCUUUGUCAUUGCGAGCUGAAAAGUUCCGGUAUUUGCAAAAAUAUCAAAGUUUAUAAAAUCUGUGUAUCGAUCUCUACUAAAUACGGAAGGCAUGUGAUAAAAGCAAGACCACACACUUGUGUUUUUCUAACGAAUCAGAAAGCACGAGUUUAUUGCGAGGACGAAU